AUGGAGGCGGAGGUCAAUAAGCUUGAACUGAUGUUCCAGAAAGCUGACUCUGAUCUGGAUUACAUUCAGUAUAGACUGGAAUACCAACUCAAGACAAAUCAUCCCAAUUCAGCAGGCCAGAAAAAUCCAGUUACAGUCUUAAAGGAUUUGUCUGCGAUAAAAUCUCUCUAUCAAACUUUAUAUGCACGUUUUAAACCAGUUGCUGUUGAGCAGAAAGAGACUAAGAGCCACAUUUAUGCUACUUUGAAUAAGACUAUGACCAUGAUACAAGAACUACAAAAGCAAACAGACCUGGAGCUGUCACCACUGACUGAAGAGGAGAAAACUGUGAUAGAGCAAUUAAAAUCUCACAUAACAGACUUAUGAAGAAAUGGACUUGCAAAAGGAAACUAAUGAAGAGAUCUGUUCCAGAGAAAUUUAGGACAAUGUCUUGUUAACACUUGAUUAUUAGAGGUGGGGGGCUGGUAA